AACCUGCUGCAGAGCUGUGUCAGUAUGAAGACUCAGGUUGGAGGGUUGCUGAUAGCUGUCUCUACAUUAGUUAUCUUCACCCGAGCUCAAGAACUCUGGAAAUGUAACAGCGACUCUGACUGUCCUGCAAAUUCCUACUGUUACACUUACAGUAACAACUGCUACUGUAAUUCAGGAUUUCAAGGUUCAACAUACAGUUCCCAAUCAAUCUAUCAAAAUGAAGUGUGUGCAGAACUCUGGAAAUGUAACAGCAACUCUGACUGUCCUGCAAAUUCCUACUGUUCCACUUACUGCUACUGUAAUUCAGGAUUUAAAGGUUCAACAUACAGUAACCAAUAUAUCUAUCCAAAUGAAAGUUGUGCAGAACUCUGGAAAUGUAACAGCAACUCUGAAUGUCCUGCAAAUUCCUACUGUUCCUCUUACUGCUACUGUAAUUCAGGAUUUAAAGGUUCAACAUACAGUAACCAAUAUAUCUAUCCAAAUGAAAGUUGUGCAGAACUCUGGAAAUGUAACAGCAACUCUGACUGUCCUGCAAAUUCCUACUGUUCCACUUACUGCCAGUGUAAUUCAGGAUUUAAAGGUUCAACAUACAGUUACCAAAUCCAAUAUAUUUAUCAAAAUGAAAGUUGUGCAGAUAUUAAAGGAUAA